AUGGAUUACGAGUUUAAAGCUCGCCUGGCAAGUGAGCGAAGCAAAGUUGAGGAUCAGUUUGAAUUCGAAGGUCGGAAGGUUGGCCGAGGUACCUACGGACAUGUGUACAAAGCCAUUAGUAAAGAUAGUUCAGAAACAAGGGAAUAUGCUCUGAAACAAAUAGAAGGUUCCGGAAUUUCCAUGUCUGCCUGCAGGGAAAUUGCUCUCCUUAGAGAAUUACACCAUCCAAAUGUCAUAGCCCUGAAAAAAGUCUUCCUAUCUCAUUCAGACAGGAAAGUCUGUCUUCUAUUCGAUUAUGCAGAGCAUGAUUUGUGGCACAUUAUAAAGUUCCAUCGUUCCGCAAAAGUGAACAAGAAGAUUGUGAACGUUCCAAAGAAUAUGAUCAAAUCAUUGCUCUACCAGAUUCUGGGCGGCAUUCAUUACCUUCACUCACAUUGGGUACUGCACAGAGAUUUGAAACCAGCCAACAUACUUGUGAUGGGUGAAGGUCCAGAUAGAGGAAAAGUUAAAAUAGCUGAUUUGGGAUUCGCUCGUCUGUUCAAUUCACCGUUAAAGCCGCUGGCCGAUCUCGAUCCUGUUGUUGUAACAUUCUGGUACAGAGCCCCUGAGCUUUUAUUGGGGGCUAGACAUUACACAAAAGCUAUUGAUAUAUGGGCCAUCGGCUGCAUAUUUGCCGAGCUGUUAACAUCGGAGCCGAUAUUCCAUUGCAGACAGGAAGACAUCAAGACCAGCAACCCCUACCACCACGACCAGCUCGAUCGGAUCUUCAACGUUAUGGGCUUUCCUCUUGAUCGAGAUUGGGAGGACAUGAAGAAGAUGCCAGAGCAUCAAACCCUCAUGAAAGAUUUUAAAAGGAACAAUUACAUGAGUUGCACACUGGCCAAAUACAUGGAAAAGCAUAAGAUAAGAUCUGACAGCAGCGCUUUCUAUCUGCUUCAAAAGAUGUUGACUAUGGAUCCAACGAAGAGAAUAAGUUCAGAUGAGGCAAUGAGAGACAACUACUUCAGAGAAGAUCCUCUGCCGUCACAAGACGUUUUUGAAAACAUGCCGAUACCUUAUCCGAAAAGAGAGUUUUUAACAGACGACGAAACAGAGGAAAAAUCAGAUAACACUGCUAGCAAGGUGAAUUAUUAUUAUUCUUGUUGUUUAUUAUUAUUCUUGUUGUUUAUUGCUAUUAUUAUUGUUCAUUGUUAUUAUUAUUAUUAUAAAUAUUAUAAAUGA